CCUUUCCCCUCAUCUCCUCCAGAAGUUUCAGAUGGACAUGUUCUACUUCUUCCGCAGAGUUCCAGCGUGGGUUGCAUCGCUUGAUAACCUCACCUACCUGGAUAUCAAUAUCAAUCCAGUACAGGAGGAAGCACUGGAGAUCCUUGGAGGCUUACCUGCUUUGCUGGUUGUAUGGCUGACAUCAAGAUCAGCUGCUCCCGAUCAAAGGCUCGUCGUAAGCAGCAACAUGUUCAUAAGCCUGAGAAGGAGUUAUACUUCACCUGCUGGAGCAAUGGGGCAGGCCUGAUGUUUGAAGCUGGGGCCAUGCCAAAGCUCGAGAAGCCGCGUGUUCCAUUUGAUGCAGGCAGUGGUCUUGAUUUUGGCAUCCAGCACCUCUCAUCCCUCAGGAAUCUUUCCGUUGAGAUCAUUUGCAUGGGCGCAACGGUUCGGGAGGUGGAGGCAUUGGAGGAGGCCAUCAGGAACACGGCGGAUCUCCUCCCAAACUGCCCCACACUGGAAAUCCCAACGUGGGAUGAUGAACAUCUGAUGAAGGAGGAGCAAGGCAAGGCUGAAGAGGAGAUCCAGACAAGCGGCUGAAAGCCAGUGUGCAGUAUAUGUAAGUGUACACAACAAACAACUCUUUAUACUCCCUCCCUGCAAAAAUGUAGCGCAUAUA